AUGGCAGCGGGGCCGCUGGGCUGGGGGCUGGCGGCGCUGGCGCUGCUGCUGCUGCUGGCGCUGCUCGGCGGCGCGCGCCGCCUGCGGCGCCGUUACGCGGCCGGAGGGGCUCGCGCUUUCGCUGCGCGAUGGGCGGCGGCGCGGGAUGAUGACGUCCGCGUCUUGCUAGUGACGGCGCACCCCGAUGACGAAGCGAUGUUCUUCGCGCCCACGGUGCUGAGCUUGGCCAGGGCCGGGGCCCGCGCCGCGGUGCUGUGCUGCUCCGCAGGAAAUUACUACAAUCAAGGAGAGAUUCGUAAGAAAGAACUGGAACAGAGUUGUUUACUUCUGGGAAUUCCUGCUUCCAAUAUAACAGUUGUUGAUCACAGGGAUCUUCCGGACAAUCCUGCUCUUCAGUGGGACACACAGCUCCUUGCUACCUUCAUGCUAAAGCAUAUAGAAGCUGAUAACAUCAACCUGGUGGUAACCUUUGACGCAGGAGGAGUGAGUGGUCAUGCUAACCACACUUCUCUUUGUACUGCUUUAAGCUACCUGCAUUCAGAGCGGAAGUUACCUGAAGGAUGCCGUGUGCUCACACUUGAAUCAGUAAAUCUCUUCCGGAAGUACAUCUCCAUCCUGGAUGUGCCCAUUUCCUGCUUGCUGUCCAGAGAUGCACUCUUCAUACUCACAGAGGAGGAGGCUGAACAAGCCAGGAGAGCCAUGCGGUGUCAUCGCAGUCAGCUCCUCUGGUUUCGCCACCUCUACAUGCUGUUCUCACGUUACAUGGUGAUCAAUUCACUCCGCCUUCUGUAAAAAGACAACACUCACACAUCUUUAGGUGUGAGAUGAAGAAUGAGAUGAAAAAAGACUGUGCCAGGCCAAGCACUGAGAAAACUCACCUGUUAUGCACACGAGAGACCAGGAUUCUCCGUGUAGCACAUUCUUCCAGAGUGCAAGCAAUAGGCGAUAUGAACUUCCUCCUGAAUGUCUUGUUGCCUAGGUAUUUUUAGAGAUGAACAGGUUUGAACAGCUGUUGUAAUUUCUCACUGUAGAAACUUAAGUGGGAUAAGAAAUUUGCAUCAACUUAAUUAUGAGUUAAAUGAUAUUCUGCAUGAUAUAAGAUACAGCGCAAACUAUUGUUCCCCAGGAAGGAAUAGCUGUGAAGACUGCCUCUCAAGUCCUGCCUCUUACUUGGUGUUUUUUAUAAAAAACAAAUAUCAGGAAUGACUUUUCCAAGAUCAUGCCGUCUCCACAGAGAAAACCAGGACCACAGGACCUGCAUUAGUCAGUCAGGACUUUCAAAAGCCAAAUCUUUUGAAUAAAACAGCAGAAAUGAUGCGAAUUUUUCUAAUCGCACCGAUCUGUGCUGGUCCCACUGUUUCUUUCAGCCACAUUAUUUUGCAGGCUUGACCUUCCCCGACUGUUGCUCAUGAAACACUAGCAUUUCUUCUUGCUUCAGAACAUGGGGUUUGAGAAUAACUCACAAGAGUCUCAACAGGAUUUAAGAAUGAGGCACAAGAGAGCCAGACUGUAACUAAGUCUUUAACUGAACACACAUGCAGAGAUAAAAAUUGCAAGAGAUAUUUCAAAGCUGUUCCUUUUAUCUAAAAGACAAGUGCAGGAGUUAGUUAAAGAUCCUUUCCCUCCAUGUUUUAAAGGUUAGUGGAGGAGAAACCAGCUUUCAAUGGUUUAAUUUUGUAGUUGAUACAGAGAUUUUACUAGUGAUUCUGGUUUUCAUAGAGUCAUACUGAGGCAAAGUCAGCAGGAUUCAGUAUUUCCUUAGUGCUUGCAUUCAUUAAUAAGGUAUGCUCACAUCUGCAGGAGACAUCUUUCCUGCAUGGUCAAGAUCAGAUCCCAAAUUCGCAGCUCCUGGUGUCUUGCUGUGAGUACACCAUCCUGCCAAACACAGCGAAGUUCCUGGUUGUACCAGAAGUACAUGCCCAUUGUAAUAAAAGUAUGACAGGGUUGAAGUCUGUUCCCUGGCCUUGACUCGGCAUCUAAGAGUAUGCUUGCUCAGCCUUCAAGACUAAAGUCCAGGCUUAAGCUGAACAGCACUUAAGCAGAUGCAGAACUUCAGUGGCCCCUUUCUUGCACACAGCUAAACACCUGUGUAAAUGCUUUGCUGAAUUAGACCCUGCUAAGCUCUUGAAAAUCUCCUUUAACUCUAAAUCCAUGGUAACUUCAAUGAAGCCAAUGGAAAAAGACCAGUGUAAGUGACUAUUACGUCCUAAGCAAAAGAUUAUCUUGUAUAGGACAAUUUUAUAAGCCAGACUUGAAACACAGUUGGGAAAUGUCCAUACAAGCAAGCAUACAAGCCAAGACUGGAUUUCUUUUUUCACCUUUGCUCUGCAUACUGUGAUUUAAACAUUAGCACAGUUAAGAGCAAAGUACCAAAACAGCAACCCUGGAGUGGUUUAUGGAACAGAGGUAGUUUGAAAACAAAGUCACAAAUGGGCAAGACAGGCAGCAUACAAAGAUUUAUUUAAGAAACAGAAAGCAGAUAGUGGCAGUAACAAAGAGACUGAUUUUGUUAACCCUCUGACCAAACUGCAGUUCUACAGCUCCAUGGCAAUGCUCCAGGUUCAGCUGCUAGGAAGGAAUGUCAGGGUUUUGACAUGCCUCUGAUGGUCUUAUGUUCCUUCACUGCCUUCUCCCACUCCUUGCCAUUGAUAUCCUCUAUGACGAUGCUGUGCACAGUGCCAUCAUCCAGGCAAUGGGGAGCUAUUCCUGAGGAAAGAGAGAGUAGAUAGAAACCUGCUCUUCUAAAGAGAGCUUCUUCUAAAGCUAAAGAUUGGGAAAUGUCUGAGAUGCUCUGGACUGAGCAUCUCAGAGGAUGGUAAAUGCUGUUAUUCCAGCUAAUGCUGUAAGGUUGAAGUGCAUAGAUGAGAAACCUGUCAUGGGCAGAACGCCACAAGCCAUAGGUAAGAUUUUUUUCUUAUGGAAGAGCCACGGGUUCAGGCUGCAGUUCUAGAUGUUCAGCACUUCAGGAGCAAACUCUAAAGACACACACUUCUGGCAUGUUAGCAGCCAAUGGAGUCCUUAUCUACAGUUUGCUUGGUGGUCAGUUCUAGUUAUCACAAUUUGCCAGGUUUCCUUUUUCUACCUACCGUAACCAUCUGGAUUAGAGCGGGGAGUAUAAAAGCUCUGUACACCACAGGUUUUGCAGAAUGUGUGCUGAGCACGAUGUGUGUUGAAGGUGUAUGUUGUCAAAUUUUCAGCACCCUAAGCAGAAAUGAAAAGCAGUGUAGAUUUGCUGCAUAAAUGGAUUUAUUCAUUGCUUUGUAUGGGCUAAGAAAUGUAAAAUUAAAAAUACCACUUCCUAUUUCUUUACUAGA